GUUAUGUGCACCGUCAGCUCUUAUUUCUAACUCAAAACCUCCCUCACUUUCCAUCAUCCCUUCUUUCUCCCUCCCUUCAACGUUCCAACCCACUCCAACUGAUAAAUUUUGACACGUCAGUCCAUACUCUCUCCCACGCGCCCUCCCUCCUCCUCCUCAUCUUCCACGCGCCACCUUCCUUUCUCGUUUCCACAACUCAGUUUCUUCUCCAUCUGACUUUUUAUUGAGAUCUACCGUUAUGAAAUGAGCAAAGCAUGGGAGGAGUCACCUCGACGAUCGCCGCCAAGUUCGCUUUCUUCCCGCCCAAUCCGCCGUCGUACAAAGUGGAGGCCGACGAAUCUUGCGGAGGCCGUCUCUAUAUUUCGGAAGUUCCCAGACGAGAUGACGUCGACGUUUUAAAGCUCCGAACUCGCCGUGGUAAUGACAUCGUGGCUGUCCAUAUUAAGCAUCCGAAAUCGACGGCUACGCUUUUGUAUUCUCAUGGAAAUGCAGCUGAUUUGGGCCAGAUGUUUGAGCUUUUUGCUGAAUUAAGUAAUCGACUUCGCGUCAAUCUCAUGGGGUUCGCGUCGUUGUCUGGGUUUGGUUAGUGUUCGAAAGCCCAACUGGAAGGUAUGAUUACUCUGGCUAUGGACAAUCAACUGGAAAGGGAAUGGUGUGCUAGAACUGAUAUCUGGGCAAUGGAACUAUUACGGCUGGCCAACACAAAAUUUGCAACUAAUCCAACUGAAUGUAAUACAUAUGCAGACAUAGAUGCUGCCUACAAAUGCCUCAAAGAGCAGUAUGGAGUUAAAGAUGAACAAUUAAUAUUAUAUGGUCAAUCUGUUGGUAGUGGACCCACACUUGAUCUUGCUUCACGCUUGCAAAACUUGAGAGGGGUAGUUCUGCAUAGCCCAAUUCUGUCUGGUAUGAGGGUAUUGUACCCUGUCAAGAGGACAUAUUGGUUUGACAUUUACAAGAAUAUCGACAAAAUUGGAUCGGUCAAUUGUCCUGUUUUGGUUAUUCAUGGCACUUCAGAUGAAGUUGUUGAUUGCUCCCAUGGAAAACAGCUUUGGGAACUUUGCAAGGAGAAGUAUGAUCCUUUAUGGAUAAGUGGAGGAGGACACUGCAAUCUUGAGCUUUAUCCAGAAUUCAUCAGGCAUCUGAAGAAAUUUGUACUGUCACUAGGCAAAUCAAAGCCAGCAACUGAUGCUUCUAAAAAAACAACAGCUGAACCUGACAAUCAGAGCAAACCAUCAGAAGGUGGUCCUUCGGAUACUUUUGAAUUGAGCACUGACCUUCCAGAGGUUUCUAGAAACAGUUUAGAUAGUCGGCUUGAGAAAUCUAAGAAAUCAAAUAAGCCUGAAAAGUCUCGGAUGAGCACUGACCGUGUCGAUAGAAUAAGGAGGAAAAAGGGCUUAGUGUGGUAAAUACUUAUACGAAGAGCUUCUUCAAUAAGUUAUGUGCAUCAGUCCACUUGAAAAGGUAAUUUAGUUUUUGCUUCUGCAUUUGUAAUUUGCACGAAUCCAGCAUAAGAUGUCAGAUUUGCGUGUGAUUGUAUUAAUAAAUGUUCUAAUUUUUCUGUAUGUACGAGUCAAAUGAAGAGAAAUCAUGCAUCCUAAAUUUUCUGUAAAAAACUUCAUUCGAUAGAAAGUGUAGUAAUUUUCAGACU